CGGAGCCUGCCGAAAUUGGUGCUGCUCUCCAGGCUGUGUUUAGGGAGGGUGUGUGUUUAUGGUCGUGAAAACGCUUUCGAAGCCGCGAAUUAUUUUGGUGCCCUGACUGUUUCUUCGCGGUGAUAUAACACGGCCGCUUGUUCUUACCUUAGACUAUCGCGUUCUUCGCCAACGGAUACGUGCUGACUCCGCGAUAGCGGCGAGAAGUUACGAUGCCGGUGUUCCACACGAAGACGAUAGAGAGCAUACUCGAACCUGUAGCACAACAGGUUUCCAGGUUGGUGAUCCUUCAUGAAGAAGCCGAAGAUGGCAAUGCCAUGCCGGACCUUGAGCGGCCGGUCAAGGCCGUCAGCAUGGCUGUCUCCAACCUUGUCAAGGUUGGCCGGGAGACCAUCAACAGCAGCGACGACCAGAUCCUACGCCAAGACAUGCCAGCAGCUCUGCACCGCGUGGAGCAGUCGUCGAAGCUGCUCGAGGAGGCAUCCGCUCUACUCAAGGCAGAUCCAUACUCCCAACCGGCCAGGAAGAAGCUCAUUGAGGGAGCUAGAGGAAUUCUGCAGGGGACAUCCGCGCUGCUGCUGUGCUUCGACGAGUCUGAAGUGCGCAAGAUCAUCCGAGAGUGCAAAAAGGUCCUGGACUACCUGGCUGUGUCCGAGGUCAUAGAGUCCAUGGAGGACCUCGUUCAGUUUGUCAAGGACAUGAGCCCUUGCCUGACAAAGGUUUCGCGGGACGUGGACGCCCGCGAGAAGGAGCUGACGCACCAGGUGCACCGAGAGAUCCUGGUGCGCUGCCUGGACUCGGUCAAGGUCUUGGCACCCAUCCUCAUCUGCAGCAUGAAGAUCUUUGUCCAGAUCCUGGCACAGUCGGGCAAGGGUGUGGAGGAGGCUGCGGAAAACCGCAACUACCUGGCCCUCCGAAUGACGGAAGAGAUCAACGAGAUUGUCCGUGUCCUGCAGCUGACCACCUAUGACGAGGAAGAGUGGGACGCCGACAACCUCACUGUCAUGAAGAAGGCACAGAACGCAAUAGCGGGAAAGCUGCAGUCGGCACACGACUGGCUGGAGGAUCCAACGGCGGUGACCGGAGGUGUUGGCGAGAAGUCGGUGCGACACAUCCUGGAGUAUGCCAAGCGCGUAGCGGACCGGUCGCUGCCCGCCGACGCCGACGCCAUCCGCAAGCUCUGUGGGGACCUGGAGUCCAUGACCAACGCCCUGUGCGAGCUGCGGCAGGAGGGCAAGGGCACCUCACCCCAGGCACAGUCUCUGGCUCGUGGGGUGGGGCUGAGGCUGCGCGAGCUGAACCAGUUGCUGAGUCAGGCCAUCACCAACGUGGAGCGCAGUGGCAUUCAGCAGCUCGCCCACACGGUCGGCGGGCGCGUGGAGCAGGCGCUCAAGUGGCUUGUCAACCCCGGACUGUCCGACCGCGGACUCGGGGAGCACGCCAUUCAGCUAACUGUGGAGGAAGGCAGGCGCACCGCCGAGAGCUGCCCGAUGCCGCAGCGAGCCGAGAUCGUCCAGCUGUGCAACGAGAUCGACUCGCUCACCAGGAAACUUAAGGACCUCUGCAGGCGUGGGCAGGGAAAUUCGCCCGAGGCUCAACAGACGGCGCGCCUCAUCUCGUCCAAGCUGCUGGAACUGAAGAACAAAAUUCAGAAGGCCCUCGUCAACAGAGUGGUGGAGGACUUCAUCGACAUCACCACUCCGCUGAAACUGUUCACCGAAGCCGUUCACGCUCCAGAAGGGACGCCCAACAGGGAAGCCAACUUCCAAGACAAGGCCCGCAACCUGACAGAGUUCUCGCAGAAGGCGGCGCGCACGGCACGCAACGUCGCGCUCGGCGGUGCUUCCAACAAGAAGCUCGCCGAGGCACUCCUUUCGUCGGCAGCCCAGGUGGAGAGCCUUACACCACAGCUGGUGAAUGCAGGUCGCAUCCGAAUGACCUACCCCGACAACAAGGCCGCGGAUGAACAUUUCGAGAAUCUGCACAAGCAGUACUCGGAGAGCAUGAUGCACAUGCGAAACCUGGCCGACGAAGCCACCGACACGGCAAGCUUCGUCAAGGUUACCGAGGACACGAUCCUGCGGCACACGGAGAUGUGCGAGGACGCCAUGGCGCGCCAGCUGCCCCAACAGAUGGUGGACAACACGUCGAGCAUUGCCCGCCUCUCCAACCGGGUGCUCAUGGUGGCCAAGCAGGAGUCGGACAACUCCGAGGACCCCAUCUUCAUCGGGCGAGUCAACCAGGCCGCCGACACCCUCCAGGGAACGGUCACUCCAAUGAUCCAGAACGCCAAGGCGGUGGCCACCAAGAUCACGGAUCCAGUGGCCCAGACCCGUUGGAGGGAAUCCAACAAGGCGCUCAUCAAUGCGGUGGGCCAGGUGCGUCAGGCCGUCACGGUUACCCCCGAGGAAGAGCUCCUGCCUCACCUGAUGGGACUCCAGGCCAACGCAAAACCGAGGGCGCAGGAGAUAAGGCUCCCCGACUUUAACGAGAUGUUUAACGUGAAGAUCGAGCCUCUCGCUCAGACCGAGAAACAGCAGCCACCCAAGCGAGAGCCAGUGGAGGCCCCGUUUCACAAGUCGUCCAUGAUUCGGGAAUUGCAGGAGCAGGUCUAUCCCGCAGAUGCUCCGCCGAGGCCGCCCCUCCCCGGAUCGGGCGACCGGGCUCCCCCACGCCCUCCCCCGCCCUGCGAGACGGACGACGAGUUCGAGGAACGAUUCCCGCCGCCGCAGCCCAACCAACCCAUUAUGAUAGCGGCUCACGGCCUGCACCAGGAGGUUCGGCAGUGGUCCAGCAAGGACAACGAGAUCAUUGCGGCUGCCAAGAGAAUGGCCAUCCUGAUGGCUCGCCUCAGCCAGCUUGUCCGGGGCGAGGGUGGCACCAAGAAGGACCUGAUUGCCUGCGCCAAGCAGAUUGCCGAGGCAUCGGAAGAAGUGACCCGUCUCGCAAAGGAGCUGGCACGCAUGUGCACCGACAAGCGCAUGAGGACUAACAUCCUGCAAGUCUGCGAGCGCAUCCCCACCAUCGGGACCCAGCUGAGAAUUCUGUCCACCGUGAAAGCGACCAUGCUCGGUGCUCAGGAGCCUAUUCCGACGCCCGAUGGAAGCGAGAUCAUUUGCGGUACGGAAGAGGACCAGGAAGCGACGGACAUGUUGGUCGGCAACGCCCAAAACCUGAUGCAGUCGGUCAAGGAGACCGUCCGGGCCUGCGAGGCGGCGUCCAUCAAGAUCCGCACGGACUCCGGACUUCGCGUCCGCUGGAUCCGCAAGCAGCCGUGGUACCAGUAUUAGAGGCGACGGAACUUCGCCCUCCCCCCUCCCCCGGCCGACUCCAUCCACCAUGCGAAUCGGACGACGCAUUUAGGGGAACCUCGGAGACUCCCGUCCCCACGCGCGUGCUUUUACCCUGUCCGUCUUCCCUCCUCGCUAUAGAUGCAGUGUCCGGAGCGCGGCUCCGACAGGUGUGCUUGCCGUGUCCUCCAAAGUGGUCUCUCCGUUUCCGACCGACGUCUUAAAGCUGUCCCGCCGUUACUUGCUGCGACGGACGCAGCACACUUGUUCUGCGCGGGUCACUCUGCAGCUGGGCAGUCGACGAGAACCAAAGCAGACACGAGUUGGGACGCCGCGACGACGGCGGCCCUUGUGUACGCUUGACUUUUUUCUUUGCUGGCAUUUCUGCGUUCAAUCCGUCGGGGCUGCGACAUUCGUGGCGUGCUGGCUCCUGCGACACAGUCUUGUAGCCACUUCAAGACCACUUUCGAUAUGUCAGAGGGAUAGGACGUAAACACACCGGUCAAAGGAGUGUUCCGGGCACUGCGCUAGACACGAGAAACCACACUGCCUCGGGAGGAAGUUUAAAAACGAGAACUUAGAAAGAUGCCUUAUUUUAGCUUUUGUGUCUUAUGGUGUGCCCCCGGUGCAAUUAUUUUUUAAUCGGAGUCGCGACGAUCACGGUUUUUCGUAGUUUACUUGUAACGGAUUGUGGCACGUCUGCGAGCUGUGCAAUUGAUGUUUUGCUUUUUUCCACGAUUUUUGGGAACAAAAUCGUGCAGCAGACAACGAUAAACAUGCUUGUGUGUCCCAUGAAUCCAUUAGUUUCUGGCAAUUUGUUAUUGGUUAGUUCAAAAAAAGAAGUCUGUGAAAUGUGUUAUCUACAGCGACCUUCAGUGAGGUCUUUUUUUCUUAGAAGUCCCAACAAGUUGUUGCUUUUACGUGAAAAUCUACCUAAUACAACAGGGUACCUUACACUUCGGAAGAAGAUAAUUCAUACUAACCGAAGUGGGGAGGGAAGAUUACGCUAAACUACCUACUGUUCUCCGUGCACAUCACGAAAAUCGAGUGCAGUUUUCGAAACGUGGCACCCACCCAAGUUUCAGCAGCCUUCUAUUUUCUCGCAGCUUCGAGGCCACACAUUCUUUAGAUCUCAUGCCGAGUACUAUGUAGAUUUAGGCCAUUUUUAUAGGCUGUGCACUUGCUGCGUCAUGCAGUCCUCACCUCUAACCAUUUCUCGAGAGUUUGUCGUUUGUGUAGGCUAUCCUAGCAUGGUCUCCCAAGCUUUUGUGCGACAACAUCGCCGCUUCGUUUGUGGUGCAUUUGGACACCACGUUUUAUUAUUUAAUUGAAACGCCCAGUCGACGAGUUCUUUGUGGGGCUACUUCUGAAAACGGAGAAGUUUUGCGUGGUCCCUCUUUUAAUUGACUGCUUGCUUUAAUAGGAAGAGUAAAUGCCAACACGCAUUCACUCUGCUUUUAGCGAUGUUUUACUGUGUUUUGAGAUGCGGGGUGUUGAUUUUCCUCUCACAAGACGGUUGUGCCAUAAAUUGAAUGUAUUGUGUCCGUUAACUGUUAUCGACUCAUUUUCAACGACAGAUCUUAGACUAGUGGCCGGUGAAUCGAAGAGACUUCGUCAACAUGUGUCGUAUACACAAGUUCAACGGAGCAGGGAGCGGUUCACGAAUAAUGAAUGCAUUUAAUGGCAACGUAGAACUUUUUGUAUGCGCCAAACGACACCUAGGCAUUGAGGAGGGUUAGAGAGACUUUGCACUAAAAUGUAGCAACAUGUUUUGCUCUUUCAGAAUAUGCAAGAACUGCCAGUGCCUUGUUUUAGCCGUGCUUCUUUCGUUUGGCGUACUUUGGCAAUUUUUUAUCACGGGAAAUCGCUGCGCUGCAUCGUACCGUGUGCUUUUUACACGUCAUUGCAAUAACUGACUCUAUUUACAACUUUGCGUAGUGCUAAUAAAGUAAUUACCACACUUA